AUGGAGGGAGCUACAAACAAUCGAGCGUCUCUUGGUUUCCGGGCAAUUGCUGACAUCGAGGUGCUGUCGAAGUGCGAAAUGGCUCUUAGGCUCCGCGAUGUCAAAGUGUACCGAUCUGAUCCCUCGACUAACCCAGUGGAAAAUGCUGACGAAACUGGGGAAUUCAAGAGGAAUCUGGAACGAUCUCCACUUCGGUUCUCUUUCCAAGAUGGCGUGGUAGAGGAGCUGUGUCCAGCUGAAGGUGAAACCACGUGGGCUCUCAACAUCAAGAGAGGUCUUCUCACUGCUGUCCAGAACAGGCCACUAGCGGUGCCACCACCAAAGUCCUUCAGAAACUUAACUACAAGACUCAGAGAUCUGGUGUUACCACAAGACAAGGUGAUCGCUCUUCCCAUUGCUUCUGUCAAGAACUUCAACUUUCUGGAGUUGAUGUCCAAGAAACAAGACUACUCUUUCACUCAGAGUAUGAUGAUCUUGGACAGCAGCAUGAUCAUCCCCACCAGCUCCGGACUCCCCCUAAAUAUCAACGUCAAUGGAACAGGCACCAUAGACCUUCAGGCCUCAGGGGGAGUGGAUCUCCGAAACAUGAUGGCUUCGCCUAGGAGUCUCCUCAUUGAUGGAAUCAUGAAGCCAAGUGGAACUAUUACGAUUGUUGGCACUAUGAGCAUGGAUGCCUUUGUCACCAAAACCGGUCUUAGUGUUGUCAACACCUGGCAUUCCAGCACUGCCUUGAAAGGGCGUGUUGAACUCAACCGAGGAAAGAUUCUUAGUGUCGACAUUGACCUUCCACAGGAGAAAAUGGAAAUCCUGGAUGUCAGCACAGAGUUCUUCAGCAUUCAUGGUGAUCAGGAGAAGAAACAAGACUUGGUCUCAGGCAACAGGAAGAAGCUGAAACUGUGCACAGGUGCCAGACUUGCCACCAUUACCGGCCUUGAGCUCUGUAAUGAGUUCCAGUGGCCUAAUGCUUCCAUGGUGGAUGAUGCUCCAUACUUCCCCUUCACAGGGCCCUUCUCCCAAAGCCUCGUUCUUUACAAGAGGGAUACACACACUGGAUACAAGCUCAUGGCUAAACAAAUAGGGACUAAGCAAAACACGUUUGUACAGUUCAUCCUGAACACACCUGGAUCCAGAACUGACCGCACAAUUGACGUGUCAUUUACUUUGAAGAAGAAAACCAAAGAUUUUGAGAUGAAUGCAUUGACCCCCUGGAAGAAAGCAACUCUUAAAGGUUCAAUGACCUUUGAGAAGAAAGAUAUUGGCUUGCAAGGCCAUUUGACUGUUGAUGAAUCAUCAGAAUAUAUUGUCACCAGUGAAGUUGGUAUAAAGAGAAAAAGAUCAUCUGUAACCUAUAUUCCUCGACUGGAGAUCAGACGUCCAGGGGGAAAGGUCAUCCUGCUCAGCGGAACAGUAGAGGUUGAAGCAAACAAGAAAGCCAAUGUUGCGUUUGCGCUGAAAGGGUUAACAAAGAAUGCAGUGAGCUUCAAAUCCUCCUUGAUGAACUCUAAAAUUGAGAAGAGUCUAAAGGGUACUUUCAGCCUCGCUUCAAAGCAGGACUACGUUCUCGAGGCUGGUUGGAUGUACCAGAAAAGUGGCAGGAAGGAGUCCAUCAUCAAGGUCAUCCCUACACUGAUGGUGAAGACCCCAAAACUUGAGCUUGUCUCACUCAAGGGGGAAUGGGAAUAUAAGGAGAGCAAAUCACUUCAGGGAGGAGUAACUUUGGAUGUUCACAAGCUUCUAAGAAAGCCAAUUACUUUUCAAUGUGAUAUGUACGAAAUAUCUGGUAAAAAGACAAAACACUCGGCAAAACUAAUAGUGAGAUCUGAAGUCCUGGAUGCCAAGGUCACAGGCAAUAUGGAAGGUACGAAGAAAACAGUCAACCCUACCAUCAUCCUGGAGUACAAACUUCCCAAAGCCUAUAGCGGAUGGAACAACAAACAUACGUUCAGGUCAAAGCUUGCAGAUCACAACACAAAAACUCGCUGGAAGUAUAUGUUCCAUAUGGGCUAUACGAACCAACAGCACCCAAAUCUGAACGUAUUUCUGAAAAGUGACCUCUCACACAACACGAGACAUACCAAAGCAGUUGUCACAGUAAAGUAUGGGAUGAAGAUUGGAAACCCUGACAGACACAUCACGGGAUCUGCGUCAGUAGACCAUCAUUUGAACAAAAGGGCAGUGAAUAUCAAAUACAAACUCAAGACUGGGAUUGGUCCAAUGGAUGUCAGUUUCGACAUUCAAGGUAAAUACAAUUCAAACUCGCACACAAUGGAAUCUGAACUUGGAGCAAACCUCAGGAAAUAUACAGGUGGUUCCUUAAAGAAUAAAACAGUAUCUACUUCGGUUGAGUGUGGGUUCACAAGAAACGCAAAAGAGACCACAGCACUUGUUGAAAUCAAGACACCGCUUCACCAACUGAAAAAUCUAAAUGCUGAAGUACGCCUUGACCAUGAAACACAGAUGGCUUCUUUAGUUGGAUCAUUUUCCUCGGGACGUAAAGAAAAUACGAUCACAUAUGCAGCUGAGUUAAAGAUCCCAUCAAAUACACAUAAUGGAUUGGAAUUGUCAGCCAAUGGAGUAUUUUCAUCACCAUCCAACGGUGACAGGGUGUAUGAAUUAUAUCUUCACCAUGUUGGAGGCAUUGUCAAUUUUAAAACGAAAGGAAGCCUAUCAUAUGAUGAGAGGAAACAAAUAAAAGGAGCAAUUUCAUUCUUAUACAACGACCUAGUUCACGUCGAUUUUGAGGGUGAGAUAUCAACACCUUUCGAAGGAUUUGAAAGCAAUACUGUAAAGUAUCAGCAUUCAUUUGGCAAAUCUGAAGCUGCUUUGACUGCUGAAGCCAUUUAUGGUUUCAACCAAAGGGCCUUGUUCAGCUUCAGUCUUGCAAAUUUGACAAUCGUUAGACUAGCUAUAACACUGAAGACUUCAUCUGGAAACAACGUAGUAUCGUUUACCCAUACUGGUCCUUUAAACAACAGUCAAGGCCAAACUGAAAUCGAAAUGUUUGGAUAUUCGAAUUUAGUGCAGAUUGUCUACAAACAUGGACAUAAAAUGAGAGUGCUAUUUACAUCGAAUAACAAGAGUAUGCAAGUACUUAAGGUGUUUUUUAACUUUGAAAUAACUCCAACAACACUCAAUACCAGUGCUUUAUACACAUUGGAAGAUUCUACCUUUGAAGGUAUGGUUGUUGGUGUCAAAGAAGGAGACAGAACGAAAGUGGUUCUGAAAUUUAGAACACCAUUCCAAGAUUUCCGUCAAACAGGACUAUCUUACCAACAUUACAAAGACUGGAGAAAUGUUUAUGCAACGCUCCGUUACAUGGAUGCCAAAGAUAUAACAUUUAGCAUGACCAACAACAGAACUAGAUACAGAUUAUACCCUGUUAACAGCAGACAGUACUGUUUAAGUUUGAUAGAACUCACGACACCAUUUAGAAAUUUUGAAAUAUUUUCAUUUCGAUUUGAUGGACUUAUUUUGAGAGACAAAAUGUAUGGAAAUACUACAUUCAUGUAUGGGAACCACAAGCAAAUUAUAAUAGACUCCAUCUGGACUAAUACAUCGGUAACAUUUCUUGCAAAAACGCCAUUUGAAAAAUUUGGAACAAGUAAAGUAGUACUUAGUUGCCUUAGAAACGGAUCAUAUUACUAUGGGAAAAUGGACAUAAGAAUUGAUGACAUAGUGAUUACACUAUAUUCCACCACUAAAACGUGCCGCCGGAAAGUGGGGAAUAUAACCUUGCAUACCAAUUUAUAUGGUUACGAAUUAAUGGAAGGGUCUUUUAACAUUACACAAGCUAAUCGGGUACUUAAUGCCACAAGUACUUUCAAGAUAAAUAAUCAAACAAUAGGGACUGAGUUUGUAUUUCGCUGGAGGGAUGGAUUUCACACACAUCUGACAAUUUGGACUCCUGCUGAGAACUUCACAAACAUUGGGUUUACAUUUGAUCACAUAACCGAAAGUGGAAAACAUCCAUUUGAACAAAUAAACAUUCGCUACAGAGACGACCAAGUCAUUACAUUUAUAGUUACAGUACAUGUCCCGUCAAAGGAAAAGACAUUAGUGAAAGUCGAACUGAUAACUCCAUUUACUGGUUAUGAGAGGCAACACAUUCUCUUUUCUAGUCGUUGUAAGGGUUACAAGACUUUAAAGAAUGAAAUAACGCUCUUAAACAGUAAAGGGGAACAACUGACUCUAAGUUCAGAUUUUGUCCUGUAUUCAUUUGUUGACAUAAAUUUAUUUUUCAAAUCUAAAGAAAUUAAGGGCCGAGAUCUUGUAAAACUGUCAUUUAGAAGUCCCUCCGUGCGAAAUGUUACAGUCACAGUUGAGACAAAUGUGCCUUUGGUAGGUUUUGAAAAUUGUAUUUUGGAUUAUCAUCACUUUAUUGUUGAUGGAAGUCUUGAAGCCGCCCUGAAGUUAGAAAGUAAUGGGAGUAAAUAUAUUGCUGCCAAUGUUUAUAGUACCUUUAGCACAAACAAAUUCCAUGGAAGUGUAGUUAUUGACUCAGAUGUGUAUACGUUUCGCAACAUUACAAUUGUGCUCUCAAAAGAAGGCGUCUUAGAAAAUGUGAGAGCAAAAGGUUUAAUUCGGGUUGCUGAAUCAACAUAUGAAUCAUUACUCACACAUGUUCUCGUUCCUGGAACACUACGAAAGCUUGGUGGAGAAAUGAUGUUAAACUGGAACAGAAACAACCCUGAUAGCAACUUUCAGGUCCAAGCAAAACUGAUGGACAGAAAGAAUCAGGCUCUUUUGAACAAAGACCUGACAUUGAACUUUAUCCAUCCAUCCCAUACUGUUGGUAUCAUUGGAACUGUCCUCAGUUCACGGCUUCAGACAUGGAGUCAUGGAGAAUUCAUUUGGAAUGAAGUUGCAGGCCACAAACUUUUCUAUGAUGUGAAUGUUUUGGACCGUAGCCGUCGCAACAGCAAGAUUUGUGAUGGCUCCCUCAAAGUGGGAUCCCCUCUGAGAAGUCUCCAAAUGGAUGGGUUUUACAGUCAGACAGGUUCAAGCCAAACUGUUGAUGGAGCCUUCUCCUGGGAUGCAGACAAAGAUGACACAAAGAAGAUUGCCAUGAAAGCAGUCUUUACACCGGAUGACAAAAACAAGCAGGCAGAUCUCUCUCUCAGACUUCCUUCCAUUGGCAAGAACAUCCAGCUUGACACGGCCAUGCUGCUGAAUGAUGGCAGGACCGUCUUCAAUGGAAAAACACAACUGUCCUACUCCGGGGACUCCCGAAAGACCCUCACCCUCACAGCUAUCAUGAAUGACAUUUCCAACGGCAAUGUUAACACCAACUACAGUUUUGUGGUUGGCAUAAGGCACCCAUACACAGAUAUGGACAUCCAACUUACAUCCCACAUCGGUAGCUCCAGUGAGAAAUUAUCUGCUGGAAUGGAUAUUGCCUACCUGACAACCAGGAGAGAAAGAAAGAACUUUGCUCUCGAAGGACAGUUGAACACAGCAAUGCAAAUAUUAAAGCUAAAAAUGCAAUGCCCAAUUAAGCAUCUGGAAGCCUAUGGUGUAAUGGGAGAGAACCCCUUCAAUAUAGUGAUCAACGACAGGACACUCGCCACUGUACUGACAUCUUGGAAGGCGGUGGAGUUUGAAACACGUUUUGAUCUAGAUAAUCCUGGGAGGAUACUUCACGUAGAUGCCAGAUAUAUGAACUCAAGCGCCAUGCAGGCUCAGGUUUAUCAUCGGGAGGAGUCAAAUAGAGUCUCUGACAGUAUAGUUGCCCUCAGACUCAACACAUCAUGUCUUCUCCAUGCCAGGAUAUCCUGGAGGCCACAGAUGAUCGCCGAUGUUCAGGCUUACUUGACUAGGGUAGUGGAAAGGAAUGGACAAAAUGCAAAGACCACUUUAGACUCUGUGUACGAGUCUAUUGGAGAGGAAUUGUCAAGCAAGUACCAUCGGAUUGCACAAGCCACUAAGGAGGAACUGUCUCCCUACCUAGACCUGCUGGAGUCAGAAAUGGCUAUCAUAGAGAAACAGCUGGACUCUAUCAGGAAGGAUAUCAGGAGCAUGUACAAACGUAAUGACUUCUACAUGGCAGACAUGGAGAACUAUUCCGAAGCGGCAGAGAAGCUGUACAAUCACCUUGCAAAGACUCUUUUCAGAAGAUUCAUUCGAUGCACUAGAUCAAUGACAGAACACAUACAGAAUGCCAAUGACUUGAAUGUGAAAGAGUUCUAUGACCACCUCUUGAACGACUGGGUUGUCCUUGCAAAGGAGAAGGUAGACACAACAGUUGAAGAUGCUGUAGAGAUGAUAUCAAGAUUAGAUGACAUGAUCCGAAAAAUGUGGGACAUCUGUCAGCACCACUACAAUAUUGUGCAAAGGAAAGCAACUGCGACAGCAAACACGAUCGUGGACCUACCACACAUCGUAGACAGCAGGCUUGAGAUAUCUAAUGCUAUAGCUCCCUACAUGGACCGCCUCUACAGUACCACAGUGAAGACGUACGGCAGCUUCAAGGAUAUGCUCAUGAAUUCGGGAGACAUGAUUAGUUCUCAUCUGAUAAAUGCUGAGCAACGAAGCGAUUUACAGAUGCUGUUCUCUUUCACUAACAAAGUAUAUGAAGAAGGCGGAACCAUCCUGGAGAAGCACCUGCACAAGAUCCCGGACCUUGUCAAGCAGGAGUUCACGAAUUACACACGUGAUGCUCUCACAAUGUACAACCCCAAAAUCACUGUCUGGGACCCAGAACGUGGAGAGAUCCAGAUAGAAUUAUGCCUGCCAAUACCCCUUCGGUCUCUGGACAGAUUACCAGAUGUCCAGCCUUAUGUCCAGAAUGCAAAAACAACGGUCAGCAAAUACAUCCCAGACAGGACUUCUCUCAAGAGAUGGUACAAGAAAUAUUCGGCGUGGCGGUCUAACAGAACAAAUGGACGUUGAACGUUUGAUCCCAGUGGAUUGAAAAGAAACUGAUGUGUAGAACUAUGUUCCUGAAACAUUGUCCUAUUCCUAUUGCCCAAAGCAAAUGUUCAAUGUGAACAAUGUAUAUAAUGCAAUCAUGAUCAUUCUUAAUGAUUCUAGACAAGCUUGCUUUUUUGUUUGUUACGUUAUAUAUGUCAAAUGUGUUUAAAUAGUAAAUAUAUCUGGUACAAUAGGGAUGGUUUCUAACAUAUAAGGACGAUUGUCUAUUGUACGAUUCCGACAAUAUCAUAAGCAUGUGUUUUGAUGUGUUCUCGACAAGAUACGUACAAGCAUUUAUAUGAAUGAUAUAUCUAUCAUCAGUAUCCUUUUCGUAUUGAUUUUCAGCAAUCAAGAAUAAUUAUAACUGUAUAAAAGUGAAACAUUAUCUCAUCCCUUGCCACCUAGCAGUUCGUGGGAUUAACGUAACAUUUUUAUAUUACGAGUAUUUCAAGAUACAAGAGUGAAGGUAGUCAGUAAACUGUUGAUGACACUUGGAGAUAAUAAUUGAGUUACGCUUUUAGGGCAUUGAUAUAUACAAGCAAACAAAAAAUAUGUCACCUUCAAAAUAACAUGUUAGGAUAACCUGGCUUUCACGUGAAGGGAGUAAAAAGAACUGUUAAAUUUAAGAUUUAAAGUUACCGUCGAUAUAAAUAUGAUAUGACAAUAUGGGGGUUUCAAUAUAAAAUGAGUUAAACUAUACAUGGACUGGAGAUUAUUAUUAUUUGAAACUAUUUGUUGUUUGUUUGCUUAUUGUUUAAAGCCAAACUAUUUGAAAAUAUGUUGUGUGUGUAAAACCCAUAUUGUUAAAUUGAGAAAGACUGUUAGUUUUUUAAUUAUAAACAUGAAAACUAUUGCAGCUUUAAUGUAUUAUACCACGACAUGCAUGUUUUAAAUGAAGCUCAAAUAUGCAAUAAUUGCCUUUCGUCUGUAGCUUGUAUACUACCAAUAUUCUGAAGCGUCGAUAAUGUAAUAUUCAAUGUACAUGUAAUAAAAUGCUU